AUGCGCCACAGCUGCCCCGGCCGGCGGGGCGGCGGCAGUGCGCGUGCGCUGGGGGUGCUGUGGGAGAGGCUGGCACAGACCGGCAAGUCUGCUGUAGUGGGGGCCCUUAAACUUGUGAACUUGACAUAUGUUCUGAAGGAAACUCAUCAAAGGGAGUGGUUUCUAUUGCACGAGGUUGCAGCUCAGCCAAUUCCACAAGUAUUUGAAAUCACUUUAGCAUCUUAUGAAUAAACAUGGGAAUACAAAACAUGCAAUGAAACAGCAUUAACUUUGUCAGCAAAAACUGGCUUUGUGGAAAAUGUGCAGAUAAUCCUGGAAAAGGGUGUUUAUCCCAAUACCAUAAAUUAAGGAGAAACACCACUUUUUGUUGCUAACUUCUCUCUCUGGAAGUACAUAAAACAGUGGUCAGCAAUGCAAGAAGCCACAAAACAAACAUGCAAAGACAUUGUUGAUGUUCUGUAUGGAAAUGUGAACAAUAAGGAAAAAUGUUGAGUAACACCAUUAGGGGUUACAGCUGAAUGUGGUAUUCACAUUCACACAUUCCAUUCACACUGUGGUGUGCUGGAGUAUCUUAAUCAUAAUGAUGAUGGAGAUACCAAAGCCUUAGCAGAUGAUCAUGCAUCAGUAUUGUUUCAAGCAGCUGGAGGAUGUAGUCUAGACUGCAUGGCUCUGCUUUUGAAAUAUGGAGGAGGUGGCAAUGUGCCUGCUGAAGCAGGACUGCUUCCCAUGCACAAAGUGGCUUGUGAGGGGUAUUACCUGGGCAGGAAGUAUCUCAUUGCAGCCACAUCCUAAACUUUAAUCCAGGAAAGUGGGUUAAGCACUGUUCACUCCACUGUAGAUGGCCAGAACCAGCGUCUAGAGCUUGUCAUUGGAAAUGGUUUGGAUGUCAACACUCUCUCAUCUAAAGAGGUAACUUCAAAUACUUAUGAUGGCAGAAGAAAAACUGCAUUUUAUUGUGCUGUUUCUAACAAUGAGAUUCUUUGCACCAAAAUAUUGCUCAAAGCAGGAGCAAAUCCAAGCAAGGAUCCUUUUUACUGUGUUCUCAUGGCAGUGAGAGCUGACAGCCAUGGAAUUGUAAAGCUACUCCUAUCUUGUGGAGCAGAUGUCAUGAUAAUUUUGUUGCUUAAUGAUACGCAUUUCCUCAGUGCAUAUUCUUUGAAUGGUGACAUAAUGCUGAGGCUGUUGUUCAAUCAUGGAUAUAAUGAGGAGAUGUGUUUGGACUUUAUGUGUCAGGGUGUCUUUGGAAAUUCUUUUGUGUGGCCAGCUCCAGAGCAUGAGCCUAUUCCCAGUUGGACUACUUCUUCAAUAAAGGAUAAACUAUUCUGUGAGUUUAUUGCUAUUCUGUGAUUGAGACAUUUAGCUGGAAAAGUGGCUUUUGUUUUUAUAGAUUGCAUGGAUUAUGUUCCUCUAAGCACAAGAAUUCAGUUUUUCACAGAAAUACAAGAAUGAUCAGAGAUACGGCAGACUGGGUAA